GGGGAAUCGCAGAAAAGGGUUGCCUCAUUCCUCAGUUCGUAAAUUCGUGGAGAGACUGAAAGGGGAAGCGGAGUUUUGGCGUCUUCUCCAGCGAGCAUCGUGGAGCCUGGAGAGCUUGACUAUUGUGUUUCUGUUUCAAUGCUUCGCAACCCCGUUCGCUAGUUGAUUAGGGCCGAACCACAAAUAUUAUACCUGACUGGACGCCAUGGCUCUCCCAAUCGGGAAGCUUACCAUUCUCGUCGGUGCAGGUAUUGUUGGUUCAGUACUUGCCAAAGAAGGGCGAAUCCCAGAUGUCUCUAGUUUAGUCUCAGGUGCCUUUAAGAUUUUUUUGAAGGAAAAUGGAAGUAAUGAGUCUGCUUCAGCUGUUAAAAAGCCACCAAAUGAUGCUUUGAUGGCUCAGGUUAGCAGCCUUCGUCAGGAAUUGCAACUUCUUGCUAGAGAUAGAACAAUCACCAUUGUAAAUGCCAGUGGAUCAGUUUCUGGUGCAGGAAAAUAUGGUACAGUAAUUAUUAUUGUGGUGGUGGGAUAUGGCUACAUUUGGUGGAAGGGAUGGAAACUUCCUGAUUUGAUGUUUGCAACAAGGCGUAGUUUAUCUGAUGCUAGCACAAGUAUAGGCAAUCAGCUGGGGAAGGUUUAUGAAUCAAUUGAGGAGGCCAAGAAGAAGUUAUCUGCAAGAAUAAAUCGCCUGGAUAGCAGUCUAGAUGAGUGUGCUGCUCUAACUGAAAAUACAAGGGUGGAGAUCUCUGAAAUACAACGGGAAACAGAUACUAUAUGUGGGGAUUUUUCACAUGUUCGCGUUGCCGUCCGUGUUCUGGAAUCUAAAAUAAAAGAAAUAGAAGGGAAGCAGGCAUCCACAACCGACAGAGUAACUGAAUUGUGUCAAUUUGCCAUGAAAUUGGAGAAUGGCAAACCCACAGAGCGCAUUCAGGCAUCUUCCUCCAGUUCUUCCAGGCCAGCUCUUGAUUUACCACCUGUUUCACCCAGCUCCAGGGUAUUACCAUCAAGUUCUUUAAGGCUAUCUUUAGAGCAACCAUCUGUCACACCCUUAUCAAGGGACCAUGUACUUCAACAGACUGGGUCCUUGCCUCCAAAUUUGUCAACCGAUCCAAUAUCUCCCUCAUAUUCUGCGGGACGAUGCCAGGAGAGCAAUGGAAUUUCAGACGCAAUUAAUUCCCCUAGCAGUGCUGCGGGUUCUAAUGGGAUCCUUCCUAAAGAGGACAAAGCCCCUGUUGGUUCAGGUUAUGGCUUGCUUGGGCGAUUUCUUACAAGAACGCGUAGUGCUACAGAUUCAGCAUCACAAUUUACUCGUUCCAAUGCUUAAUAACCCUGGUUUUCUUCUAAGUUGGUCAAUACCAAUAUAUCCUGUAGACCAAUGGACCUUGCCCUGGGUGGAAUGUCUCCGCCAAUUGGUGAGGUUUCUCAGAGGUUUCCUAUUUAGGUUCUGCCCAUUAAGGUCUGAUAAAAAAUGACUGGGCAGUGAUUUUUGUAGAGAAUUCAUAAUUUACUGUUUUAGUUGGAUUAAAUUAAAAUCAUUAGUUAGUCGGAUACUUGUUGGUGACUUUUGGAAGAGCAACGGAAGAUUAAGUGGCCGUUGAACUGUUACAGACUCGUUUAUUCACCAUACCCAUUAUCAAUAGAGUGCAAGUUUGAACGAACUGUUUGGAGGGUUCCCCACCAUUUUGGUUAUAUAUAUUCUGAAUCUACUUUUUAGGUACGGGCUGGGAUAAACCUGCUAAAAAGUCCCAUUGUAAUGGGCAUGUGCUGUUGUUAUCUAGCAGUUAUGCAAUAAAGUAAUCCAUCUUUGGAUCCCUGUUUACUA